GUGCCCUGAACCUACUUUACGAAGGAUCAUUGUGCAAAAUGUGCAUUGUAAACUCUGGACUCAGGAUGUGGAUAGUUUUGCUUUGCUAUCUGUUGGCACAAGCAAAAACCUAUCCACUGCAAGGAUGGCCUAUGUACGCUCAGACUCCAAGGGAAUAUUCUGAAGACGAUUACUAUUAUGCCCCAAAAAUUCAGUACUACUACGACGCUCCAGCUGUAAACGUAGCUGAAGUAUACGGUCAAGUUCCUUACACAUAUUAUUAUGACCCAUAUGAUCACUUUGCAAAUGAGGCGCCGCAGAAACAAGAAGAUCGCUUAGCCACUUUACCUAUCGGUCAAGAGACAUGGUUUGAAAGUGAAUCAACACCUCGGUGGAAAUCAAAUAAUAUGGAUGAUGUCAAUGCAGCUUUCCUAGACAAUUUAAUUCUUACACAAAUGGCUCAAGAUGCACAAAGGAGACGAGAAAAUGCUCGAGCUGCCUUUUCAAAUAUUGACUAUGAAGAAAAAGAAAACGAAGAUGAAGAUGUCCGAGAACUAAAGGCCCUGGCCGAAAAACCACAUUACCAUGUACCUAAAACUGUUCCUAAAAUUGAAGAUGACGAUUAUUCCGAAGAUUAUAGUGACUCUUUUAUAAACUGGAAUGGAAAUAAACGAAGUGUAACAACUCCAGCUCCCGAAAGUAGUACAGAGGAAGUAAAAGAUAUCAACAAAGAAGUAGUAAUGCCCCGUCCAGCGCAGACCUCUCACAAUCAUAAAACCCAUCAUUCCGAUAAAGAUAAAAUUAAUUUUCCCUUCUACAACACGAUUACAAAGUUUCUCGAAAAACAAGGCCAUGAAAGUUUGAAAGCACGAAGAAUUGACAAACGGUUUGUCGCUGGUGAUUCCGAUCUUGUACUGGAACUUCGAGGACUGAAACAUCGUAUCGCAACUUAAAUUGAUGUAUUUGUUUACCGCCAACUAAUAUGAGACUGAGUAUUAUUUUAGAAUUGUAAAUUUAUGGCAACAGCGACCUGAAAAUAUCCUAACGAGAAAAGGCGACUUAAAAUGAAAAAAAAAGGAAUAGUUCUUGU